AUGCACGACGCGCAACACGCAGAGGAUUCUUUCCCAGACGCAUGGCUACCAUCUCUACAUCGCAACUAUUGUCUGAACCUCAGUGUCGCCUUUCUCUGUUUCUGGCUCUUCUUUGAGACUCUUACCGACGGCAUCGACUCUGUCAUAUGGUUCGAUAACGCCGACAUCAAGCUCUACGUCUAUUGGGACAUCGUCUCGCUCAUGCAAAUUAUCACCGGGGUUGUCAAACCCAUGGCCACUCUCAUCAUCACUCGCCGGUUGUAUCUGAUCACCAACCUACGUUCCGUAGGACCUCCUACCAAAGCGGCGCAACAGAGGCGCAGGAAUCUUGCAAUAGAGUGGACCCUCGGUCUGGGCAUUCCCCUUUUGGUUGCAGGACCUUUCUACUACAUCGUCCAGGAACUCCGAUUUGCGGUCGAAGAGGGUUUUGGCUGCCUCAACGCCUCCGACGGAUCAGUACUCAACAUCUUGUUGAUUCAAUCAUGGAGUGUGUUGCCUCCCCUGGCGUCUAUCACUUUCCACUAUUUUCAUGUAGCCCGAAGCUUCUAUCUCCAUAAUCGGGAGGUCAACCACUUUCUACAAAGCAACAACUCGGUAUCCCGCACGAACUACUUCCGCAUUCUUGCCGUUGCAAGCAUCGACAUUUUACUCACAUUGCCUAUUGGCAUUGCGACCAUCGUUUUGGCCGUGAAAGAAAAUAUAUCUUUCGGCACCUUGCCAUUCUACUUUGGCUGGACCGCUGAUCACACGGAUUGGCAGCCGGAGAGCGUUACCUAUGCGGAGAUAGUAGCCGACGGGCCUUUCAAUGUGGCAGAGUUCUACUUCUAA